AUGGAAAAAAGAACAGAAGAAGAAAAAAAAAAGAAGGUGACUCCCCAGCUGAUGCUGGCUGUGGGGACCGCUGUGAUUGGCUCACUCCAGUUUGGCUACAACACUGGUGUCAUCAAUGCUCCUCAAAAUAUCAUUGAGAGCUUCUACAAUGAGACGUGGAGUGACAGGUUUUCAGAGCCCAUCUCUCAGAGUACUUUAACAGCUCUGUGGUCACUGUCUGUGGCCAUCUUCUCUGUGGGAGGAAUGUUCGGCUCCUUUUCCGUCGGCCUCUUUGUCAACCGCUUCGGCAGGAAGAACUCUAUGCUCGGGGCCAACGUGCUCGCCUUUAUUGCUGCUGCAUUUAUGGGCUUCUCCAAGAUGGCUGCUUCAUUUGAGAUGCUUAUCAUAGGACGUUUCAUAGUGGGUCUCUUCUCCGGCCUAUCCACUGGCUUUGUGCCCAUGUAUGUUGAGGAAAUCUCACCCACGUCCCUCCGUGGAGCAUUAGGAACUCUGCAUCAGCUGGGUGUAGUGAUUGGCAUUCUCAUGGCUCAGAUCUUUGGAAUUGAAUCCAUUAUGGGGAAUGCCUCAUGGCCCCUCCUGUUAGGUUUCACUCUGCUGCCGGCUAUGCUGCAGUGUGCCCUGCUGCCCCUCUGCCCUGAGAGCCCCCGCUACCUCCUCAUCAACUGCAACGAGGAGAGCAAAGCACACAGCAUCUUGGUGAAGCUGCGGGGCACUGAGGACGUGAGUGAGGACAUGCAAGAGAUGAAGGAGGAGAGCCAGCAGAUGAUGAGGGAGAAGACGGUGACCAUCCCUGAGCUGUUCCGCUCGCCCAUGUACCGCCAGCCCAUCUUUGUUGCCAUCAUGCUGCAGCUCUCCCAGCAGCUGUCUGGAAUCAAUGCUGUGUUUUACUACUCAACUGUCUUUGAGCGAGCAGGAGUGUCCCAGCCCGUCUAUGCAACCAUUGGUGCAGGAGUGGUCAACACUGCCUUCACUGUGGUUUCUUUGUUUGUGGUGGAGCGUACAGGAAGGAGACCACUUCACCUCAUCGGUUUGAUGGGAAUGGCAGUUUCGGCAGUUUUUCUAACUGUUGCCAUGGCGUUGUUGGAUGAGUUCAAAUGGAUGUCCUAUAUCAGCAUUGUGGCUAUCUUUAGUUUUGUUGCCUUUUUUGAAAUUGGCCCCGGCCCUAUCCCCUGGUUCAUCGUGGCUGAGCUCUUCAGCCAGGGGCCCCGACCUGCUGCCAUUGCAGUUGCUGGUUUCUCCAAUUGGUCGGCCAACUUCUUAGUGGGGAUGUGCUUCCAAUAUGUUGAGCAACUCUGUGGCCCCUAUGUCUUCAUCAUCUUCACCGUCCUGCUGCUUGGCUUCUUCAUCUUCACCUACUUCAAGGUGCCAGAGACGAAGGGCCGCACCUUCGAUGAGAUUGCAGCAGGUUUCCGUCAGUCAGCUGGUCAUGGUGCUGACAAGUACUCAGCCCCUGAAGAGUUCAACACCCUGAGGGGGGACGACCCUGACCUCUGA